UUUUUACAGACGCAAGGUGUCGGUGUCAUGCUUGUGAUCUAUUCUGAUAUUUGAAAAUAAUGAAGAUGAAGUUGAAUAAAGUGUGUGUUUUGCUGUUGGGAGUGUGUCUGAUUGGGGCAGUGUUUGCCGACACCGAUGAAGAUGAUGAUGAUGUUCAGGUUGAAGUGGAGGACGAUGAUGUCAAACCAGAAAAGCCGAAGUUUGUUCCUCCAAAAAUUGAUAAGAGUGUUCACUUUGCGGAUUCCUUUGAUAAAAAAGAGGAUUUUAAAAGAUGGACAGUUUCACAAGCAAAAAAAGAUGGAGCAGAAGAAUCCAUUUCAAAAUAUGACGGUAAAUGGCAGGUAGAGGAACCAAAGGACAGUGCUGUAGAAGGUGACCUAGGAUUAGUCAUGAAGUCUAAGGCAAAACAUCACGCAGUAGCCUCCAAUCUAAAUAAACCUUUCAAGUUUGAUGGCAAACCACUGAUUGUGCAAUAUGAGGUUAGAUACCAGAACGGUAUUGACUGUGGAGGGGGUUAUAUCAAACUCUUGUCAGAUGAUCCUCUAUUGGACUUGAAAAAAUUUCAUGACAAGACCCCAUAUACGAUUAUGUUUGGUCCAGAUAAGUGUGGACUGGAUAACAAGCUUCAUUUUAUUUUCCGUCACAAAAAUCCAAAGACAGGUGAAAUAGAAGAGAAACAUGCCAAGAAAUCCACUGCAUCCUUAGAUAGCUACUUCAAUGACAAGAAAACUCAUCUGUACUCUCUUGUGGUGAACCCAGACAACAGUUAUGAGGUGUCAGUAGAUGGCACUGUUGUUAAUGAGGGGUCACUGUUAGAAGACUUCAGCCCACCAGUAAAUCCACCAAAAGAAAUUGAUGACCCCAAUGACAAGAAGCCAGCUGACUGGGACGAGAGAGAAAAAAUCGCAGAUCCAGAUGCAGAAAAACCAGAAGAUUGGGAUGAAAAUGAACCAGAGAAAAUUGUGGACACAGAGGCAACCAAGCCUGAGGGGUGGCUGGAAAAUGAGAACAAACUUGUUCCUGACCCUGAUGCUGAGAAACCUAAAGACUGGGAUGAUGAGAUGGACGGUGAAUGGGAGGCGCCUCUCAUUGAGAAUCCAUUAUGUAAAGAUGCCCCCGGUUGUGGAAAGUGGGAACAGCCGAUGAUCAAAAAUCCAAAAUACAUGGGAAAAUGGAGACCCCCGAUGAUAGACAAUCCAAAUUAUCAGGGUGUAUGGAAAGCCAGAAGAAUUCCAAAUCCCAAUUUCUUUGAAGAUCUUGUACCUUAUAAAAUGAAUCCAAUUAAUGCAUUGGGAUUAGAGCUAUGGUCGAUGAAUGAUGAGAUAGUGUUUGACAACUUUUUAAUCACUGAUGAUAAAGUGGUGGCAGAGAGGUGGACUGAACAGACAUUUAACGUCAAAUCAGCAGCAGAAAAAGCUUCAUCUGGAGGGGCUCUGGGAUAUCUCUCUGCACUGAAGGGGGCGGCUGAUGACAAACCCUGGCUUUGGGCUGUAUAUGUUGUGGUCCUACUCCUCCCUAUAUUGUUAAUUUCUAUCUGUUUAUGCCCCCGGAGUGGUCCUAUAAAGCCAGAAACUCUGGCAGAGGCCAAAAAAACAGACGCAGUCUCACCAGACGAUGAACAGAAAGAAGACACAGGGUCUGCCGACCAAGAGGAAAAAACAGGGCCAGGGGGAGACAAUAAACCCAGCACAAAGAAAUCCAAGUCUAGUCUAGAGACAGCAGAGGAUGAAGGAGAAGACGAAGUAGAUGAAGACGAUGAUACUGCAGAUGAGGAAAAGAAGGAGAGUGGAUCACCAAGAAGAUCUCCCAGAAAGAGAAAGUCAAGGAAAGAUUGAUAGCAGCAUUAAUAGAAGGAGUGAAAGACGAGUGACAGAAUUCCUUGUUUUAAAUGAUUAUAUGCAAUGCAGAGGAAGCAACCUAAUCCAUAGUUAAAAACAUCUCUCAGUUCAUGUCUGGCCAGGAUUUGUAUGCAGAAAAGUUGAGAAUUUUUAUGCAUAUGAACCCAGGAUGUCAUUUAUUUAAUGCUGAACAGUGUAAUAAGUUAUCAUUUUUUUUUUACUUUCGUUUCUUUUCAUGGAUCAAGUGAGGAAGAAUAUAUGUUUGUGGGUUGCGAAUAUUUUGUUUUACCAUGUGAUUAGAUUGAUGGAUUAGGGCCCUUUUAAAUGACUUACACUGGAAUUAGAAAUUACUUACAUUCAGAAUUAAAAUUGACUUACCCAGGGAAUUAGAGAUGACUUAAUUGUACAAUAGAAUUAGAGGUGAUUUAGAGUGUUUUGUAUUCCAUCUCUGGUUUUCUGCUUAAAGUUAAAUUAAAAUUUUCCAAAAUGCUUGCAAUAUUUGUUUUCUCAGACUUUCAUCUGAAUGUUUAAAUAUUUAUGCAUAGAAGUAGUAUUUUUUUUUUUUAUUGAAGCACACACUGAAUCUGUAUAAACUUUUUAUAUGUUGGUGAUUAUUGUUCUGGGGUUUUAAUGAUUAUGACUGCUUGUUGUUCACAUUUUGAAGUUUUAAUGUAAAUUGUCUUGUAAAAUGUGAGUUGGUCAUUGUAUAGUGAAAUUCCAGGUCUGUACUGUGUAACAUAAAUGUUUUAUUAACAAUGAAAAAGUAUUGUAUGAUGUGUUGUUGAGAUAGUUACGAUGUUCGAUGUCAGUAGCAAAUGAUUCUACAUGAUUUGCAUGAACUUAAUAUAAAUAUAUAUAAACAUAUUCAGAAAAUAUUCUAAUUGUACAUUUUAGUUUAUGAUCUCACUUACAUGUGUACUUAUACUUCAAUUAAAAACAGUUGCCAUGAAAAACUUUUGACAAAUACCAUACAAAAUUUGUUAAGGACAUAUGCAACGUACCUUACCUACUGAUAAUUUUUUAAGAUAUUUUUAAUUUAUGAUAAUAGUGCCAUCAGAUGUUCAUAGACAAAAAAUCAGCAUGCAUUACCAGGGGUUUUGAAAAGAUAUCAAUUGAUGAAAAUUCUUAUAUAAUUCAAAGAAAAAUAUACAAAAAUUACUAACAUAUAUUCUAGAUGUUUAUCCAAACUUGGUUUAGAAGAAGUGUACAACAGCAUAUAUAGACAUUAAAAUGGAGCACACAGUUCCUUUAAGUAUUAGAACUCUUCAACUCCAGGGAAAAACACAAUAAAGUUCAAACAAUGUUGUGUAUGUCCUUAAUUCACAAAUGUUCCAAUUCAAAAUUAUUUGAAAUUUGAGAGUUUGAUAAUUAAACAUAAUUAUAUCUUAUAUCACAGAUUGUAUUAUUUCUUUUCUUUAACCUGUUUGUACUUGAGUGGUGAGGUUUGAUUGCUAUCAGUUAUUUUGUGAGAGCUUAGUGUCCAGCAACAAGUUAAUGGUGAACAUUGUCUUUUGAGAGUGGAGUGUCAAGCAUAAAUUAUACGAUGCCUUUUUAAAGUUCAAGUGUUUUGAUUGUGCAUAUCUGUGCAAGGAUAUAAUGGAAACAUGUUAAUAUUUUUCUUUAUAUUUUCUAGUAUUCAUUGAAAAUGAAUGUCAGAAUGUAAACUCUAUAUUCCAGUCUUGUAUAAUAGAUUUAAAUUAUGCUUUCCAAUCAUGCCGAUGUCUGUAAUUUUGUUUGGUUGAAUUAAUCAUUAGUAAGUUCUUUGUACAUGUAGGUGAAAAAAACCAUUAUGAAUAAACCAACUUAUUUAAAAGAU